CUGGCGCCGCAUGUCGCACUUCGCAGCUCGCCGCAUCUCUCUAUUACUCUGUAGCUUGAUCUCCCUGGGCCCAUGUAGGACGUGCCCGAACGAGUACUCAGAGGAUGAAGGCGGGAUUCUCCUGGUGUGCCACGCGGGAGCGAUGCCGGGGAGUUCCCCCACACUCAGGCCCUCCCACACCCCCAAGAAGUUGUCGACGUUGGUUCCGGAUACUUUGCAGUAGCGCCAUUGCUGCUGUUGGGUCGCU